UAACCGAUAUUUAGGAAAAAAGAGUGAUUCCAUGGCACAAGUUGUAGUGUUAUCUGUGUGAUCUGUGAAGCUGUGCGGCUUUUCUGCUUGUGCACAUCAGGCGCCGAGGGCUGCGGCAGGAGCUGGCUGACAGAUGCAAGGAGAGAAAGGAGAGACAUGCCCUGGUAUGUAUCCUGCACACUCUCCUCUUUUUUUAAUUUUUUUGUUUCUUUGUUUGAAAACCAGGGAAAUGAUUAGUGCUACACCCCGGAGAGGUUCUGAGUCAUAUGUGGAAUGAAUGACAGCCCUGCGUCAUACCACUGUACUGCCAUUUGUUAAGAUUAGAGCCCAAAAGCAGAAAUAGAAAUUUGAUCUCCAACGAUCUGCAACUUUAUGGACAAACAGUCCUGGGAACUCUCUCAUACAGUGCCUGUUUAUGGCAGGAUGAACGUCAGACGACUAUGAUGGCGAAAAAGCAAGAUGCCCGAUCGCCCAUUUACAACCUGAUUGUGGUGGGUUUGUCAGGAACAGAGAAGGAGAAGGGGCAGUGUGGUGUUGGCAAGUCCUGCUUGUGUAAUCGAUUUGUGCGCCCCAGCGCUGAUGACUUCUACCUGGACCACACAUCUGUGUUGAGCACCAGUGACUUUGGAGGUCGAGUGGUCAACAAUGAUCACUUUCUAUUUUGGGGGGAGGUGGCAAGGGUUCUGGAGGAGGGGCCUGAGUGCAGAAUGCAUGUUGUGGAGCAAACCGAAUUCAUUGAUGACCAGACAUUUCAGCCACAUCGUAGCACAGCUAUGCAGCCAUAUGUCAAACGAGCAGCCGCAACCAGGUUGGCUUCGGCUGAGAAGCUCAUGUACUUUUGUACGGACCAGCUCGGUUUGGAGCAAGAUUUUGAGCAAAAACAAAUGCCCGAAGGCAAGCUGCAAGUUGAUGGAUUCCUAAUUUGUGUUGACGUUAGCCGGGGUAUGAACCGCAACUUUGAUGACCAGCUCAAAUUUAUCUCAAACCUGUAUGGCCAGCUGAGCAAGACUAAGAAGCCCACCGUGCUAGUUCUAACAAAGUGUGAUGAAGGAGUUGAACGUUACAUCAAAGAUGCACAUACCUUUGCUAUCACGAAGAAGAGUUUACCAGUAGUUGAGACAUCUGCACGCUCAAAUAUAAAUGUUGACCUUGCAUUCCUUACUUUGGUACAGCUGAUUGAUAAGAGCAGGGGAAAGCCCAAGAUCAUCCCUUAUUUUGAAGCUCUAAAGCUUCAAAGUCAACAGAUAGCUUCUGCUAAGGAUCGAUACGAAUGGCUAAUCAACCGUAUAGUGAAAAAUCACAAUGAAACCUGGGUCAACACCAGUCGGCGCAUGAACACCUCACCAGAGUACAAAGAAUAUGUCUUCUUGGAGGGAACAGCUAAGUGCAAAAAGCUCUUCCAGCAGCAUGUCUAUCGUCUGAAGCAGGAACACAUUGAGAGGCGUCGGAAAAUAUACUUGAGUACUCUUCCUUUAGCACUUAGUUCUUUGGUGCCUGACCUGGAUGAGAUUGAUCAGCUGAGCUGGUCUGGUGUACAGAAGGUUCUCGAGUCCAAGCCACACUUUGCUCACUGGUUUGUUGUUCUGGAGGACUCUCCAUGGGAGGAUACAUCUCAUAUUGACAACAUGGAGGAUGAGCGAAUCCCUUCCGAUCUGCUUGAGACUGCAGAAGCCGAGGACAUAUUUAAUGCCCACCUGGAACAUUUGCGUAACGAGUGCAGACGGGCAGAGAUGAGACUGGAGUUUAAACAGAAGUUGGCAUCCUCCCCCUUUGUUACACCUGGUAAACCUUGGGAAGAGGCUCGUAGCUUUAUUAUGAAUGAAGAGUUCUACCAGUGGCUUGAGGAGCUAGAGUACCUGGACUUGUACAACCGCCAUCAAAAGGAAAGCAUUGACCGUGCUAAAGAAGACUUUCAGGAGCUGCUGUUGGAGUACUCUGAGCUCUUUUAUGAGCUUGAGGUGGAUGCCAAGCCAAGCAAAGAGAAGAUGGGUGCAAUUCAAGAAGUUUUGGGAGAGGAACAGAGGUUCAAGACAUUACAAAAGCUCCCAGCUGAAAGAGAUGCUCUUGUGUUGAAACAUAUCCAUUUUGUCUAUCACCCUACCAAGGAGACCUGUCCCAGCAGUCCUAACUGCAGUGACUUUAAGAUUGAACAACUCUUAGCCUCAUGUUUCCCAACAUUUUAUCCCUUUAUUGAUCUUAAAGCUCACUUUGGAGACACCAAGGCUGACAGAAUUAAUCUUGUUAUAUUAGGCAAGGAUGGACUGGCCAGAGAAUUUGCCAAUGAGAUUAGGACUCUCUGCACUAAUGAUGACUGGUAUGUGUUAGAUGGAAAGAUGUAUGAAUUAACACUGCGGCCCAUUGAAGGGAAUGUACGUCUUCCGGUGAAUUCUUUCCACACACCUACUUUUACCCCUCAUGGAUGUCUGUGUCUCUAUAAUUCAAAAGAGUCUCUUUCCUAUGUGGUCGAAAGCCUUGAACGACUGAGGGAAUCAACACUUGGUCGAAGGGAUGCCCACCUUGCUCAGCUGCCAACAUCAUUACUUUUAGUAACUAAAAGAGGUGUUGGGUCAUAUGUGGAUAUUGGCGGAGAAACAGCCUUAAAUCUAAUAACACAGGGUCAGCAGAUUGCAAGGAGACUGCAGUGUAGCUUUUUAGACCCUGCCUCCCCUGGUGUGGGCUAUGGCCAUAAUGUCAGUGAGACUCAAAUCAAUCAGUUGCUGAGGGGACUUCUGGAUAUUAGGAGGAGCACUUCCUUUAGUAGCAGCUCCCCACCUCUACUCCCUGAACCUCCAGGUCUUAGGGACUCUCCUCAUCAGCCAGUCCCAGAGGUAGAUAUUCGCAUUGUUAUGUGCUUAAUGUGUGGAGACUCUUAUGAAAUUGAGCAGCUCCUGUCUCCUUUCCUAAUGCCUCAGCACUGUAGACCCAUGUCCAACAGUGGCACCUCUGUAUUGCUGGAGCAGACAGUUGGUGGACAUAAACUGGCUAUAGAGCUUUCUCUGCUGUCCUACCAUGCCUCCUUCACUUUGCGGAAGAGCAGGUUAGUACAUGGCUAUAUUGCUGUGUAUUCUGUGUCCCGAAAAGCAUCCCUGGAGACUUUGUGUGCAUUUUUGUGUGAAGUUCAGGACAUCAUCCCUGUGCAGCUACUUGCAGUGGGAGAAAGCCAGCCAGAGCUCACUGACAGUGACUAUGCUCGUGAGCAGUUAAUUCAAGGUGAGGAGCUUGCUCAUGAGAUUGAAGGUCGUUUCAGUAGCAUAGUUUGUGGCUCUGGGGGUGUGGUGGGAGGUCUGCACAGGAUUGAGAUGUUCCAAUCCUUUCUGAUGGAAGUAGUUGAGAAACGCAAUAUUGUAGAGGCAACUCACAUGUACGAUAAUGUCGCAGAAGCCUGCACAAAUGAAAAUGUGUACUCUCCACGCUGUAGUUCUCCCAGCCCUAUCACCAUGUUCCUAGAUUCAGAGGAUGAUGUUGAUCCAUCUCCACCAUAUUAUGAUGGUACACUAACUUCUCAUAGUGGUGGCUUCAACCUACCUGAUUUAGAUUCCAGUGACAUGGCUGUCAUCUCUGAUAUCAGCUGCUUUGAGAACAAACUUAAUCACAAAGUACCCCCCCAAGUUAGAGUCAAACAAGGUGUCACGUUUGACUUUCGAAAGGUGAGUCGUAGUCCAUAUAUCGAUACGCUAGGCCACCGUCGCUCUCUUCCCUCUGCUGUUACCUGGGUUCCUGGUGGCGAUGCAGGCUAUGAUCCAUCAGACUAUGCCGAACCAAUUGAUGCCGUUUCUAAACCACGGCCUAGCAAUGAAGAGAUCAUCUACUCAGUCCCACAUGAUAGCACACAAGGCAAAAUCAUCACCAUCCGUAACUCUAACAGGAUGCACUCCAACGGCAAUGGCUCUGACAGUGAGGCAGACAGCAGCUCUUUGGAGCGGAGGAGGAAGUUUUCAGCAGUGGGGGUGAAACCUCGUCUUUACAGAGACCGAUCCAAGCGACUUGGCAAGUUCAGCAACUUUCGUACAAGUUUCAUAGGAAGUGAUGACGAGAUGGGCAUUCUUCCGAAGUUCAAAGAAGAUGACUACGGCACCCUCAAAGGAGAAAACCUUAAUGAGGAGAGUGAGGACCCGAAAAAGAGGAACAUUCUGAAGAGCCUCCGACGAACAGCUAAGAAAACAAGAUCAAAGCCCCGUCCAGCUAUUCCCAAGCCCCUGGAGAGCAAUUACUUUGGAGUCUCCCUCUCGAAUGUGGUAUCACCAGACAGACCUAUUCCCCUCUUCAUUGAAAAGUGUGUCCGCUUCAUUGAGACAACAGGCCUGAAUACAGAGGGUUUAUAUCGCGUAAGUGGGAAUAAGUCAGAGAUGGAAAGCAUGCAGAGGCAGUUUGAACAGGAUCAUGGAUUAGACUUUGUGGAAAAAGACUUCUCCAUAAACACUGUGGCCGGAGCCCUUAAAAGCUUCUUCUCUGAGCUGCCUGAGCCCCUGGUGCCUUGUGCUCUUCAAGUGGACCUGUUGGAUGCUUUCAAGAUCAAUGACAGAGAGCAGCGGCUGUACACCAUGAAGGAUGUGCUGAGGAAGUUUCCCAGGGAGAACUAUGAGGUCUUCAAAUAUGUGACAAGUCACUUACACAAGGUGAGUCAGCUGAGCAGGCUGAACUUGAUGACCAGUGACAACCUGUCCAUCUGUUUCUGGCCCACCCUCAUGAGGCCAGACUUCUCCACUAUGGACGCCCUGACUGACGCCCGCACCUACCAGACAAUCAUCGACACCUUCAUCCACCAGUGUGCAUUCUUCUUCUACAACCAACCCCUCCUCGACUCCCCCACCGGCUAUGCGGGCCUGCCUGCCUCGCCCACCACCACCCUCAGCGGGAGCUCGGCCUACUCUUGUUACCGCUCCUCCCCCCCGCACACCAACACACACUUCAGCCCCUUGCAGCAGUCCCCACCCACCACCCCCCAGUCGCCCCUGCAAUCCCUGCUGCCGCCCCUUCACCAGCACCCCCACUCCCACCACUCCCCCGCUGAACAAGAGACACUGUGAGAGACGAUGAAACCGCGUGUGCCCGUGAUACAUCUGGAACUUACUACCAACACACAAGAACUUGAGCUUUCACACUACAUUUAUGAUCAUGGACAAACCGUGUAUCCAUAUGUGUGCGUGCUGCAUUCACCGGCAAGUCUCCAUCUGCCCUCUGAGCCCCCGAUUGCCUGGAAUUUGACAUGAGGGCAAAUGUAGAGCGCGUCAAGCCUCGGUUUUCUGUCAGCAGCUACCACAUAUCAUCAAUUCUGAAAGAAAGAGAAGACUCCAUGUCGAACUGAAAGACUUUCCUUGUUGCCACCAUGUUUUUAUUUGUGCAUAUAUAUAUAAACAUAUAUAUAUUUCCUGAUAAAAGUUCUGCCACUGGAUUUAUAGACUGUCCU